UUGGCUGAGCCGCGCCUUCAUCCCGCCCGCGGCAGGAGGGGUUGGCGGAGCCGCUGUUUGUGCGCUCCGGGGCCGCGACGGGAGGGCCGGGCCGGGCGCUGAGGAGGAGCGAGCGGACCCUUCCCGCACGGACACCCCGCGGCAUUCCCAGCGAAGCGGGGGCCAUGAGCAGCCGAGGCGCCGCCAGGCCGAACGGGCAGUCCCAAGCCGGGAAGAUCUGUCAGUUCAAACUGGUGCUGCUGGGGGAGUCGGCCGUGGGCAAAUCCAGCCUGGUGCUGCGCUUCGUCAAGGGCCAGUUCCACGAGUACCAGGAGAGCACCAUUGGAGCGGCAUUCCUCACACAAUCCGUCUGCCUGGAUGACACAACGGUCAAGUUCGAGAUCUGGGAUACAGCCGGGCAGGAGCGGUACCACAGCCUGGCCCCCAUGUACUACCGGGGGGCCCAGGCCGCCAUCGUGGUCUAUGAUAUCACCAACCAGGAAACGUUUGCGCGGGCCAAGACAUGGGUGAAGGAGCUGCAGCGCCAGGCGAGCCCCAGCAUCGUCAUCGCCCUGGCCGGCAACAAAGCCGACCUGGCCAGCAAGCGCAUGGUGGAGUACGAGGAGGCUCAGGCGUACGCAGAUGACAACAGCCUCUUGUUCAUGGAGACGUCGGCCAAGACGGCGAUGAACGUCAAUGACCUCUUCCUGGCCAUCGCCAAGAAGCUGCCAAAGAGCGAUCCCCAGAGCACGAGCGGGGCCGGCGGCCGGGGCCGCGGCGUGGACCUGCACGAGCAGAGCCAGCAGCACAGGAGCCAGUGUUGUAGCAACUGAGGCCGAGCCGGGACCCCCGUUCUCCAUCCACGCCCCCCCCCGGCGCCCCCACCACCACCACCAGGCCCCACCGUGCCCCUCACCACACUUUGAGCCGCUUCCACCGCCGCUGCUCCCGGGAGCUCCGUCGGCUGCGGAUCGGACUUGGGAUGGGAAUCCAGACUCUUCCUCACUUUGUAUCAUAGGUGCCCGCAGCGACCCGAGCUCCCGCCGGCUCCCUCCUUCUGGAGCUUCCCAGCUGCGGGAAUGCGGGAAUUUCCGUGGGGUCUUUCACGGAUUUCUGUUGGAUUUUCCUUAUUUUUAUUAUUCCCCCCCCCCCCCAUCCCUUUUUCCUCCUCCUCCUCUUUGCCUCGAUGUGGAGGGAGGGAAGCUGCAGCGCCCUCGCUUCCUCCUAUGGGUGGCCUUGAUUCCCGGCUCUGGCCGGAGGAUGGGAACGCCGCGGUGAUGGGGCCAUGAGGAGCCCCCCCCCGCCCCGGCUCUCCCCACGGUUCCUCCCCAGCCGGUGCCGGCGUCUCCGGUUUGCACUUUAGUCACGGAAACGUCCCCUUCGGAUGCACCUUGGUGGGGUUUGGGUUCACUUUGCCCCCCCCACCCCACUCGGAGCCCCCAGGGUUUGGCUUCUCCUGGAGCAUUCCCAGCCGCAGGAACUCUGCGGAGCAUUGGGAUGCUCCCAGGUCCCAGCAGCCAAAAGGGCCCCAUUGAGACACCCCAAUGGGGGACACCCCAAUGGGGCUCACCCCAGGGGCCAGCUCCUGCUCUCCCCGUGGGCUCAGGCUGCGCACGGCAUGGGGGGGCCCACCCUACCCAUGGCUGUGGGGCAGAGGGACCCGUCUCGUAUGAAGCCCCCUAUUG